ACCAAAAAGAAAAACAGUUAUGUGCUCUGAGAUAGUUACAUAUAAAUUUCAACAAUUAAAACAGAAAGCAAAUUUUGAGGGGCAAAAAUGGUGGCAUUAUCGCUGUACAAAGGAAACCUCCACAGAGUACCCGAAGCUCCACGCCGAUGGCUUAUGCCAACCCCCAAAAUCUCCCUCAAGGACUUCAGAAUUCUCCUCCGUCGCCGGUCCCGAGCCCUCUCUCGCCUCCUCACUACCACCACUCCUCCCGACGCCGUCACUGCUGCUACCACCACCACCACCACCUACAACCCUAACCCUAAAACUGAGUCCAAUUCCAAUCCUCACGACGAGGUUCCUUCUUUGGUCCCAGUAAAGGCCAAGAAGGAAGAGGAGGUUCAAGGAGAUAAUGGGAAAUUGUCGGAGCAAUUAGUCGAUGCGUCUGAUGUGGUGGUUGAACCUAAGCUUGAGGUCUUGGAAAACGGCGAGAAAUUGGAGGUUCCGGUGAAUCCCUCUAGAUUCGAGAUGAGCAACAAAGAGGAUACAACAACUGAUAAAGGGAAAAGAAAGAAGGAGAUUGAGGACAAAUUACAGAUUUUGAAUACGAAAAAGCACGGUUUGGUACAAUUAUUAAAACAGAUUCUGAAUGCAGAAGAGGAGCUAAAGAGACGGAGCAUGCAAGGUAUGGCAGUUCGGUCAUCACUCCCGCUUCAAGUGGAUACUACAAAUGACAGUGGAUCUAUGACUAGACUAAACACACCUAGAAUGGGCUCGGAUGGAAACCUCAUUGGCGAGAUGGAUGGAGAAGGGGGUGAUGAUGCUUCCAAUCAGAACAUGCUUUCUCGGAAUUUGCUUCGCAUGAGCAGUACAUCGCCAUCUUCAGAGUCUCAACUCAGGAAGACCCCCUACAAUGUGGUUCCUCUCUCUUCACGAUCUUUUGGAGUUACUGGUAGUCCUUCAAGGUUUGCACCUCCGGGUCAGCAAGGACAACCUUCAAAUCUUCCCCCAAUGUCCUUAUCUGGAACAAAUUUAGUUGCCUCCUCUCCUUCUCCUGCAGCAUCAGGCGGUACUUCAGUGUUUAGGGAUCGAUUUUCUAGCCCAUGAGAUUAGAAGUUAUGUUGGUUGUUUUUACAUGUCAAGGUGCCCUAGCAACUGGGUAUUAUUCAAACUGGCUACUUAUGAAGCUAUAAAUCAUUCUGGAAUUCCAAAUAGCUCAUUACCGGAAAGGUAAUAAUCAUGAUGCAGUGUCAAAGUCCGAUGCCUUCUAGUUGGAAGAAUAUAGUAUUGCCAUUCCUUUGGCCAGCUGUGCGUGUCCAUAUGAUGCUCAUGAAGUUGCCCUGAUUAAGGUUAGUGUACUCUGUAGCAAGAUGAAUUUUCAGUUCUUAAAGGUGUGAAGAAGUGAAUAUCCCGUGUACAUAUCUUUUGCCUUGAAGCGAUGUUUUAUUUGUCAUUGCUGUGCGAUUCCCUUCUCAAACAAGGUGGUGACCUCAUUCAGAUUUCAAUGCCUUAUCUCAAAGAUCCUUUGUUAGGAUUUAUGAAAUGCUCCUGAUGAAGUAUGUCACUGGUGUGUGAUUCUUCCUGAAAUUUGGUAGAACAUAGUAAAUAAAUAUAACAAAGACAUAGUAGGAUCUGACACCACGUGAUCUUGAGAAAUGGGAUCGGGGUUCCUGGUUGUACCUGUUGGUUGGACUUU